GUGUGCGUGUGCGCAUGGAAAAGAGACAGGCCUGUUCUGCAGAACGCGACACCUUUCCUGCCUGAAUUAGAGGAAGCGAUUUCACACACACACACACAGGCCACCAAAACAGGCGGAUGGCAUUCUGAUGGAUCACUGCACAGCCAGAAAACUCGCAAGAGCCCAGCCCGGCUUGGCUUUGUGUGAAAGUCCAGAAGAUGGAGAAAUGAAGGGCGGAGCGUGGCUGUGACGUGAUUAUCUCAGUCCAGGAACCAAGCAAGCCCGACCCCGUCCCCGGAUCGGAUUGUCCAGUUGCAGUCAGGAUGAACCAGGACCGAAGAAUGGACGAAGAUGGUAUGGAACCCCUGAAGCCCGGGAGCCAGCCUCCAGCCAGGUUUGCGGGGGACAGCCUCCCAGAGCCCACCGAGGACACGCGGACGCCCAGGGAGUGCCCGGAAGACGGUGUGCCCAUGGCUUGCAGCCACCCUGACGGCCAAUCAGCCUGUGAGAAAGAGGAGGAGGCCGAGUCAGCGCCCCCCGCCAUGGGCACCAGCCCUUCUGAGAAGGCCGACCAGGAGGCAGCAGGAGAGACCAAAACAGUGCCACCGCUGGACAUCCCAGAGGAGCCCCCAAUAGUAGAAGUGCGUGGCAAAGGAGGUGCUGCAGGAGACACUGACGUUUCCUCUGCUCCCGAGACCGCCGUGAAAUCGGUUAACUUUAGGCCAAGUGACAACACGUCUGCCAACGAGAAGGAGGUGGAGGUGAGUCCAGAGGCAGAGUUCCUCCGCCUGUCCCUGGGGUUUAAGUGUGACUGGUUUACCCUGGAGAAGAGGAAGAAGCUGGAGGAGCGCUCCAGGGACCUGGCCGAGGAGAAUCUGAGGGAGGAGAUCACGCACUGCCUGAAGCUGGUCGAGUCUCUGAUGCCGCUGUGCGAGGAAGACCAGCAGGCCCAGGACAUCAUCCGGAAGCUGGGGAAGAGCGUCUCCCUCCUCAGCCAGUGCUGCACCCGGGCGGCCAGCCGGGCCGAGACGCUGGGAGCCAUCCACCAGGAAAGCCGGGUGAGCAAAGCUGUCGAAGUAAUGAUUCAGCAUGUAGAAAACCUGAAGAGAAUGUAUGCUAAGGAGCAUGCUGAGCUAGAAGAGCUGAGACUGGUUCUUCUGCAGAACGAAAGGUCCUUUAACCCUCUGGAAGACGAUGAUGACUGCCAAAUUAAAAAACGCUCCGCAUCUCUAAACUCUAAGCCGUCUUCCCUCCGGAGAGUGACGAUUGCUUCUUUACCCAGAAGCCUCGGCAGUGCAGGCAUGGCUGCCGGGCUGGACAGCGGUGACCGAUUCAGCAGAAGGGCCAGCAGUUGCUCAUCUUCUUCGUACAGGCGGGCACUGGGGUCCAAGCAGAGUGAGCACCGUCCGUCACUGUACCGGUUCAUUAGCACCUACUCCUGGGCAGACACGGAGGAUGAAAAGCAAGAGCUCAAAGCCCAAGUGGAUUCAGAGCCUGCUGGAGAAGAGACGGUGGAAAGAACAAGGAAGGCCAGCCUCUCUGAGAAGAAGGGCGCUCCACCCAAGUGGGACGUGUCAUCUUUCUCGGGCCCCGCCUUCUCC